ACAUCAUCACCAGACAGAAUUUUCUUCUCUCAUUUUCUAUUUUCUUUUCUUUUUCUGGAUUGUUUUAAUUUGGGGGGUUAAAUAGAAUAGAAUGAAAUAAAUCCCUUUUUCCUUCAGCUUCGUCUCUAAGGAAACAAUAGACAACCACUAUCUGUGUCUCUCUCUAACGCACACAAGCGCACGCAGGCCGUACCGAUGCACGAACCCGAGCUCCAUGAUCUAUCGGAUGAUGCUGAUUAUGCAGCGUCGAUUCAGCAGGGCUCCGCAAGUAUGACUCGGAGUGACAGCCGUAGGCUGAGCUCAACGAGCGAGCCGGAGGGAGCGGAGGUCGUGUACUCCAAGGAAAACGUGGCAAUUCAUCCAACUCAGUAUGCAUCUGAGAGAAUUAGCGGUCGAUUGAAGUUGAUUAAGCAAGGGAAUUCUCUCUUCAUGACAUGGAUUCCUUACAAAGGGCAAAGCUCGAAUGCGAGGUUAUCUGAAAAAGAUAAGAAUCUUUAUACGAUUAGGGCUGUGCCAUUUUCAGAUAUUCGGUCAAUACGUAGACACACCCCAACACUCGGUUGGCAAUAUAUAAUUGUAGUUAUGUCUUCAGGACUAGCUUUUCCUCCACUUUAUUUCUACAAUGGAGGAGUCCGAGAAUUUCUUGCUACCGUUAAGCAGCACGUUCUUCUUGUCAGGUCAGUGGAAGAUGCCAAUGUAUUUCUUGUGAAUGAUUUUGAAAAUCCUCUCCAGCGGACCCUUUCUUCGUUGGAGCUACCUAUGGCUGUUUCUGUUGCAAAUGUUCCUUCUACUGCAGCUGUUGGAUCUCCCUCUAUUGCUGGUCAAGAGAGGGGUGAAUCAGAUAAAAGCUCCAGUAAUUUUCAGCAAAAUGGCAGGCAGGGGCAGAAACACCAUGAUCCUGCUCGUGAUAUUUCAAUUCAAGUAUUGGAGAAAUUCUCACUUGUUACCAGAUUUGCUCGUGAAACAACUUCCCAACUCUUUAGGGAUGGCUUUAUUGAUGGGUUUACCCCUAAUGAAGGGAGGAAACAUGGUCAGUUUUCACCUGCGUAUCAGCACAUUACACCAUCAAAUGAUCCUCCAAAAGUUCCCGAUGAGGUUUCUGUAGCCCCUGAUCCAGUAGAGUUUGAUAAAUUAUCACUAGUAUGGGGAAAACCACGUGGGCUACCUUCAUGGAUGCUGAGGGGCGAGUAAUGGAUCCAAAAGCAUUAAGAAAACGAAUCUUCUAUGGGGGUGUGGAACACAACCUACGGAAGGAGGUUUGGACAUUCUUGUUAGGAUACCAUGCAUAUGACUCAACGUAUCCAGAGCGAGAAUACCUCAUGUCAGUAAAGAAGGCAGAGUAUGAAACAAUAAAAAGGCAGUGGCAGAGCAUCUCUCCGGAGCAGGCGAGAAGAUUUACAAAAUUCAGAGAGAGGAAAGGCCUUAUUGACAAGGACGUGGUGAGGACUGACAGGUCGCUCUCAUUCUAUGAUGGGGAUGACAAUCCUAAUGUGUAUCUCUUGCGUGACAUACUCUUGACAUACUCAUUUUACAACUUCGAUCUUGGGUAUUGUCAGGGCAUGAGUGAUCUUCUGUCGCCAAUCUUGUAUGUGAUGAGAGAUGAAUCAGAAUCCUUUUGGUGCUUUGUCUCACUUAUGGAGCGUCUUGGACCUAAUUUCAAUCGUGACCAAAGUGGGAUGCACACUCAACUUUUUGCAUUAUCAAAGCUGGUUGAGUUGUUAGACAAGCCAUUGCAUCACUACUUUGAGCGGAAUGAUUGCUUGAACUAUUUCUUCUGUUUCCGCUGGAUUCUGAUACAGUUUAAGAGGGAAUUUGAAUAUGAGAAAACAAUGCGAUUGUGGGAAGUCAUGUGGACUCACCAUCUGAGUGAGCAUCUGCACCUUUAUGUUUGUGUUGCAAUCCUCAAGAGACAUCGUAGUAAGAUAAUGGGGGAACAGAUGGAUUUUGACACACUCCUAAAAUUUAUCAAUGAACUGAGUGGUCAAAUAGAACUCGAUGCAACCCUAAGGGAAGCGGAAGCCCUUUGUAUAUGUGCCGGUGAGAAUGGUGAAGCUUGUAUCCCUCCUGGAACUCCACCUUCGCUCCCUAUUGAGGAUGGUUUAGUGUACCCUCAGCUGGAGGAUGAUAUACUAUAGACGAUGCGUAAAGGACAAUCAAGACUUGUGGAUUGGGUUGGCAAUGAUCUUUUCGACAUUGUAAAUAUAGUUUCAAGAUAUUCGCCAUAUUCUAUGCAGUGGCAUUUGCUUUUGCAUGGCACUUUAUAUGCUAUUUUCGCUGUAUUCUUCUUUUAAGGAUUAAUUAACUUUUGAAUGAAAGAACUACA